GUGAGGGAAGGGGAGGGCGGAUAGAGGAAAAUGUGGGAGGAGUGGUUGGGAAUUUGUGAGUAGCAGGCAGGAAGGGAUGAGGAAGGCUGGGCAGGGGCUGCAGACGACUGGAAUGAGCGGGAAGGUUAGCAGGAAUCAGAGACAUGGGCCGGGAGCUGGAGGGUUCAGCAGGGGUGUCCAUUAAAGGGAACUGAUGCCUUCAUGUCCUUUCAGCUCAGGUUCCUGAUGUCUCCUAUUUUUCUGGCGUUGUGGGAGAAAACGAAAGCAUCACUUGCCCUGGCUGCUAGCUUUAUCAUUUUUCACAGGCCCAAACACGCAGCUGCCUGCCAUCCAUCCCUCUUAGUGCCAUGGUCUUGAUUUAGCCUUUGAAAGGGGUUAGAGGGGCAGUGUGACACACAAACCGUUCUUCAACAUGAAAUGUUAGAAGUUCUCCCCAAGAGACACAGUGUCCUCUUGGCCUGCAGUUUUCAGUUAAAGAAUCCUAAUGUACCUGGCUAACUGGUGGUGAGCAGGGGCUUUGGGGCCAACGUGGUGGGCUCCCCAAGGAAACCCCUUUGAAACCAAUGGAUGCAUUCACGGGCUCGAGUCUCAAGAGGAAGUUUGAUGAUGUGGAUGUGGGCUCAUCAGUUUCCAACUCAGAUGAUGAGAUCUCCAGCAGUGACAGUGCUGACAGCUGUGACAGCCUCAAUCCUCCUACAGCUGCCAGCUUCACGCCCACAUCCAUCCUCAAGCGGCAGAAGCAGUUGCGGAGGAAGAAUGUACGCUUUGACCAGGUGACCGUGUACUACUUCGCCCGGCGCCAGGGUUUCACCAGUGUGCCCAGCCAGGGUGGGAGCUCGCUGGGCAUGGCCCAGCGCCAUAACUCCGUACGCAGCUACACGCUCUGUGAGUUUGCUCAAGAGCAGGAGGUGAACCAUCGGGAGAUUCUUCGUGAGCACCUGAAGGAGGAGAAACUCCAUGCCAAGAAGAUGAAGCUGACCAAGAAUGGGACAGUGGAGUCGGUGGAGGCCGAUGGCCUGACCCUGGAUGAUGUUUCAGAUGAAGAUAUUGAUGUGGAAAACGUGGAGGUGGAUGAUUACUUCUUCCUGCAGCCCCUGCCCACCAAACGGCGACGAGCCUUGCUGAGGGCUUCGGGGGUCCACCGCAUUGAUGCUGAAGAGAAGCAAGAACUUCGAGCCAUCCGCCUGUCACGGGAAGAGUGUGGUUGUGACUGUCGCCUGUAUUGUGACCCAGAAGCAUGUGCCUGUAGUCAGGCUGGGAUUAAAUGCCAGGUGGAUCGCAUGUCCUUCCCAUGCGGCUGUUCACGGGAUGGCUGUGGGAACAUGGCUGGGCGCAUUGAGUUUAAUCCGAUCCGGGUCCGGACUCAUUACCUCCACACCAUCAUGAAGCUGGAGCUGGAGAGCAAGCGGCAGGUGAGCCGCCCACCGGCCCCAGACGAGGAGCCCUCCCCGACGGCCAGCUGCAGCCUGACGGGAGCCCAGGGCUCGGAGACACAGGACUUUCAGGAGUUCCUCGCUGAGAACGAGACGGCAGUGAUGCACCUGCAGAGCGCGGAGGAACUGGAGCGGCUCAAGGCAGAGGAAGAUUCCAGUGGCUCUAGCGCCAGCCUGGACUCCAGCAUAGAGAGCCUGGGCGUGUGCAUCCUGGAGGAGCCCCUGGCUGUUCCCGAAGAGCUGUGCCCCGGCCUGACCGCCCCCAUUCUCAUCCAGGCCCAGCUGACCCCCGGCUCCUCGGUCCUGUGUUUUGCCGAGAACUCGGACCACCCCAGCGCCUCAGCAGUGAACAGCCCGUCCUACUUGAACAGCGGGCCCCUGGUCUAUUAUCAGGUGGAGCAGAGGCCCGUGCUGGGGGUGAAAGGAGAGCCCAGUACCGAAGAAGUCCCACCCUCUUUCCCCAAGGAGAAGGAUCUGAAUGUCUUCUCUCUCCCUGUUACCUCACUGGUGGCUUGUAGCCCCACAGACCCAGCUGCCCUGUGUAAAUCGGAAGUGGGGAAAACGUCCACUCUAGAAGCGCUAGUGCCGGAAGCUUGUAGCCCCGAGGAGCCUGAGAACGAAGACUUCCGCCCCUCGUGGUCCCCCUCGAGCCUCCCCUUCCGCACGGACAACGAAGAGGGCUGUGUGGUGGAGAAAGGCUCACAGCAGAGUGAGGACAGGCCCCCUGAAGAUUCUUCCCUAGAACUCCCUCUGGCAGUGUGACGCGGGGACGGAGAUUCUGCCUCUUACCCAUUCUCUAUUUAUUCCCUUAUUUUAUCUAACACCAUUUCAAAACAAAACUGUAGAAGCAGCUGCUACCCCCAUGUUAUUUUAUCGGGGUCUUGGGGGGGAUGGGUGGGAAAGAAUUGUUUGUAAAAGUAUUUUCUAAGGGUAAACGGAACCAAGGAGACCAGUCCCAGCCUGAUCUGGGGAGAGUCUUGGGGCAGAGGCUGCACAGUGCUGAAUACUGAGCUUUCUGGGCCACUGGAACAAAGAAUGAGGAUCUCACAGGAGAAGCUGGGUAACUCAAGCAGCUAUUCUUUAUGUAGGGACCAGAACACAGUAAUUUGAACAGCAUGGCAAAGCCCCUUCUCCUUCCCUGAGCUCCAGGUGGGGCACGAGCUCAUUUUCUCAUCAGUCACCCUGAUAUCCCACUUUGGUGUAUCGUCAUCAGCUGGAGUAUCAUCUGGUCACAUCCAGAGGGGAGUGGAUAGAAGGGUCUCUGCUUCUGUAGAAAACCUCCGGGAUUUAUCAAAAUUUAACCUGCCUUCCCUGGCCCCCCUAUUUGGUAAAUAAGUUAAUAUUUGACAUGUUUAGUGUUCUCUGACCUGUUCCCCACACUGGGGAUUCCUGGUCUGUAACUUGAAUUAUUUCUUUCACGUGUUCUUAGGUACUAGGGUUAGACUUGUCUAUUUAUCUUUUUUCCCCCCUCCUUCCUUUUCCCUUGAAGAAAAAGCUAGACUGGCUGGGGAUGUGGCCUAAAGAGCCAGGGUCUUCUGUCUGUGUCUAACGCUGGCUCUGUCGGGCGGCUUUAGGCUGUGGGAGGCGUACAUGGAGCAGUAACUGUCCAAAAGAGGCAGCAGGGACAGGCUGCUGUCUGGAAAGAAGACUUUAUUUGCACCACGCUUGCUUUUUCACCCAGGUUUUUCUCCCACUCUGGGAGGUUUGAGCUUUAAAGGAACAUAGGAUGUGGUAAUCUAAAGUCACUGACUAGUUUUUGUUCUUUUUUUCUGUAUCCACCCUCGUGGUCCUUGGAUAUACAGGGUUGGAGAGUUCUUACACUGCUCCUGUCCACACAGGUUUCCCCCCCCCCCCCCCCGCCCCCAAGAACUGCAAAUGUUAAUUGCAUCCCUCCAUCUUGAUAUGUAAAAAUUGGAAGCCUAACUAAUUCUUAAAUGCAGCUCCCAGGUUCCAAAGAAUUCAAGUUCCGAAUAUAACCUUUGAGAUCUAUAAAGUGGGGCUCAAAUUCAGCUCUUACCUCUGUGGGGGGACACGGUUCCUGCUCUUAUGUCCAGCUUACGUUCCAGGAUGUGCUCCACUGAACACCAUGGAAUUCUUUUUAUUAACAGUUCUCUCUGCCUCCCUUUGGAGGCAGGAGGGAGCAAAACACUCUUAUCUAGCACCUUUACAUCAUGCUUCACUUCUGGUAUGGUUUAUUAACCAGCAAAGAACAAGAGAAAACCCUCUUUGGUUUUGGUGGGGGAGAGAACUCUUUCCACUUACCUUGCUCACCAAGCCUUUUCUCGGGGGUCGUUAAAGCACCCUUUAUGUAAGUCCCGGCAGCAGUUCACCUACCAUAUCUCUCACCUGAGCCUGUGAGGCCUUGUACUUCAACAGAUACAUCUUUUAACCCAGUCUGCCUCUCCUGUUCAUUCCGGUUUUGCUUGGUUUUACAUUUGGAGGGGAGUUCUUAAGUACGGGACCUUGUCCCCCCCCCCCCCAAUCCUCUGGCCUCACAAAACAGACAGUCUUAAGUACCUGAGAUCUUGACACUCUCCCAAGCUGAACACCACUCUCCCACCUUUGGCCGGCCCCUUGAAUACGAGACUGAAGCUUCACUGCAAAGUUGACUCUGGAGAAGAACCUUCCUGAAAGUUUGUGUUGGAAGGGGAGGGUGGGCUCUACACAUUCCCUCCUUAGGAAGGCUCCAGCCUCACCUAGGAGGUGGAUUCCAGCUGCUCAAUAAGAGACACUUUAGCCUUUGGGAUCAAACCAAGAAUCUGAAUCUAAUUGUCAAAAUGACUGCCAACCCCCAAGAUAAUUUGGUUUUUCUGAAAAACUAGUUUCUUCACUUGAUCUUAGCCAAAAGGCCAAGAAGUGAUAUCUGAAAAACCAGUUUCUUAAUCCAAGUCCAUCCCUCCACUAACUCAACAAUUCUGACUCCUGCUGAUCCCAAGUUUUUUAAUGCUGAAUAUUAACAUUGAGCAUUAAUCGUCUUGUCAAGCAAACAGCCUUUUCUACAACCUAGUCCAUCUCGUUUCUGGUGCUACCUGAGCUGGACAGAAUUCUGGCUCAUGGUUGCUAGAAAAGCUAAGCCUAGGCCUCCUGUGAUCAGGAGCAGAUGGCUUCGGUCCCGCUCAGUCUAGGCCUAGAUAAAAGAAAUCUAUUAUUGCAACUCAUUAUUUUCCAGUUUCCUUUCUCACAUACUGUAUACAGGUAGUAUUUUCAAUGUGAAUCCAAAGCUUGUCUGGUUCUCUGAAAGGAAAUUUUUUUUUUUUUUUUUUUGCCUUUUAGGUCCUUUACAUUGUGAUAAUGCUGUAUUUAAAGAGACUAUUUAAAUGUAAUAUUAAAGAAAUACUCAAAAGAACGGUGUGUUAUUCUUUAUCUUGGCAGGCUUGUUACUUGUUAGAGAAAGGGUGUUUCUCUAGCAUCAUAUAUAAAACUAGGCCAGUUAGAGAUUAAUGUUAAGAACAUUAUGGUGGAAAAACAACAUUCUCUUUGGAGCAUCAAGAGCUUGACUUGCAUCAUAUGCCCUUAUGCACCUCUUCAGCUGAAGCAGGCCUUGAUCCUGCCCUGUUGGAGCUUUUCCCUUUCUCUAGGCCCUACUCUGGGGGCUCAUUUGUUAAUUCCCAAUUCUCUAUUCCUUGUUACCAUCUUAAAGUCC